AUGAAACCAGAAACUUUAGUUAUGAAAAUAAUAGAAGCUAUGGAAACGAAUUCGCCGACUCUAAUAACUUACAACGGUAAAAAAGUGCACAUUACCCAAAAGAUUAUCGAUAAAUACAAACAUUGCAAAGUCAGAGACGAUAUAGACUGGGAAAGAAUUGAUGAGAAUUUAACUAAAAAAGGUGGAUUUUUACCUUUCUUACCUAUAAUCUUUGCUGGUUUAGCUGCAGCAGGAGCAACUGCUGGUGGGGCUGCUGGGAUAGCCGAAGCUGUCAACGCAAAGAAAGCAGCUGCAGUAAAAGCAGCUGAAGAACGUAGAUACAAUUUGGCAAUGGAAAGAGAAGCACGAGGAGGUUCGGGAGUAGGAGAUAUUUUAGGGACGGUGAAAGAAUUCGGACAAAGAUUUGGCGAAGAAACCAAGAAAACCGUUAAAGAGGGAUUAAGCAAAUUAAUAAAUAAUAUCGACACCGGAGAAAUGAAGGUCAAACACAAGGGCAACGCCAUAUUUUUUAAAAACAUACGUUCGGACGAGGGAAUCUUUGUUUCAAAGUAUAAAGGCAACGGGGUGAUUUUUGAUUUCGAGUCUCUGUAUAUUUACACGACUACUCCCGAACAAUCCUAUUAUCAGUUUCUCAAAGCUUUGGAAUACAUCUCGAAAGAAGAAGUUCAAGACAUUUUUCACUACUACGAAAGCAACGAAGACUUGCAAGAGAACGCAGAAAUAAAAGACAAUUUAGACGACUUUAUCAAAGAAAAGAAUCCCUCUCUGAAACCGACCGACGUCAAAGUGUUUCUGACUAAAAACGUCAACGAUUUAGACUUGUCUAAAAUCGACAACCACCGAAAGAACUUAAUUGUCUUUGACGACUGCUUAGCACAAAAAAGACAAACCGUUCAACAAGAAUUCUUCACGAAGGGAAGACAUCACAACUGUCAAUGCAUAUAUCAACCCCAAUCUUUCUACGGAAUGGACGCCAUGUUUAUCAGAAAGAACGCAAAUUGUUUUUUGCUGUUUGAACUAAACGACAAAGAUUUAUCUCAAAUCAUUCAGUCGAUAAAUCACGGAAUGGACAGAGAUAAAAAGGAUUGUAAAGCUCAAUGGGGAAACCCGGAUGAUCAUGGAUAUGUAUUUGUAAAUAAUAGAAACCCGCGGGUGAAAGAGUUAUGA